UCCACCCAGCACAAAUACUCAAAGGAUAGACGAAAACAAGGAAGUUACGAGUAAAAAAGGACGAGGAACUCUGUGUAAAUCUUUAAUUUAUUGUCGAAUAAACGAAGGAAUCGACCUGUUGGAAUUCUCGUCCCGUGGGCUGUUUUAUCUUUAGUCAAGAAAAAUGAACAACAAAGGUUCAUACCCACAACAAGCUGUUUACCCUCAGCAGAACUCAGCACCUGUUUACCCACCUGCUAUGCAAGUCCAGCCUCAGGUGUCCCCAUAUCCAGAUGCCCCUCCUCCAUACUCUGAGGUUUAUCAGCCCAGAUAUAUGGCUCCUCCCCAAGCCCCUGGACACCUCCCCCAAAUGACCUCAGCAUACCCAGGUACUCAGAUGUACAUGCCCAUGGCUCAGUCUGUUCCAAUGGGGGCAAUGGCAUCCAGCGUCCCAAUGGCAUACUAUCCCAUGGGACCCAUGUACCCUCAUGGUUCCACUGUGAUGGUGGAAAGCGGAUAUGAUGCUGGAGCUCGCUUCGGGCCUGGCACCACUAAUUCCAUUCCUCCUGCACCACCUGGACACAUGCCUAAUGCAGCUCAAAUGGCAGCCAUGCAAGGUGCAAAUGUGGUGAUGACGCAACGCAAGGGCAACUUCUUCAUGGGCUCCGGUGGGGGUUACACUAUCUGGUAACAGUGAGCAUCACCAUGGGCAUGAACCGAAGCCCUCCUUCUAAGUUCCCAAUCCUUUACCUCCCUUACCCUGCCUCCCCUGAGGCAGCUUGGCUAAGCCACAAUACUGAUUAAACCUAAUGGAAUGUAAUAUGUUAGAACCCCUUACUCAAGGUACAGUACUCCGCCAUUUAUAUAAUUGUGUAUUUGCACAAUUAUAUAAUGUAAAACACAAUUAUUUUGUAUUCACAAUUAAACCCGUUUUUAAAAUACACGAUAGUUGUUGGUGCACAUUUUUCGUGACUUUUUGGGGGGAGACAACUCAUUUUUAGCUUUAUUGGCAUUAAUGUACCAUUUUACAGCUUUUUUUAGCUACUGGAGUUUUUUAUGUUCACUUUUUCUUCUUGAGCCAGUUUUUCUGAUGCCAAGAAUUGCUAAAUCAUCUAUCUGACGUAGCUAUGCACUUGAAACGUAGCACGCUGCAUUUUAUUCAUAUCAUUAAGAUAUCAUAACCUGAAUGUCUACAAUCAGAUUAUCGUAUCUUAACUGAGGAAUAGUCAGAUAUAUAAAAUAAAGGACUAAGCACUGCAAAUCAAGGAGAAAGAUGUGUUUACAAACUUUAACAAUGGCGGAGUAUUGUACCUUCGGGCGAGCUCAUAUAUAUGUUAUCAGGUGCCAAAAUUGAAUUGCGCACCAUUAUUUAAAAGCAAAGAAAUUUACAUAUGAAUGAAUCUAAAUGCAGUAAAACAACAGAGAGAGUGAACAAGACAAACUAAACACGUGGUUCAGAUGAGUUGCUUUUUUUAGUCAAUAUUUACCCCUUCAAGUCGGAUGCCCAGAGCUGUACAUAUAUAGCCGUUUCAUUUAGUUAUCUUUUGUGUCACACAGCUUCCUUCUUCACUGGUAUGCGUGUUGUUCUUACACAAACUUUAGCUUUGUCAAUACAGGUAACGUUGUUUACAGAGGUCAAGAGGUCACCGUUUAUUUUCAGUAUCUCACAUUUUGGCACAUCAAGCAUUUUCUGCUAGUUUUGUUUCGGGGAGCUGCUUGUACCAAAGAUCUCGACUAGAAUGCACUAGAUGCUUUUUUGCUUCACUUACAGCAUUGGCCCACAGGUUUAUUCAUAAACAUAUCAUAUGUAGGUGAAGGUGAUUACUUUGCAGGUAUUGUACACCUGGCAAAGCAAAUUCCAGCUGUGACUGCAUUUUGUAGGGGUGUGUAUUUAAAACCGAAAAAAAUCAAAUGUUGCCUAGUUGUAUCUUGAUGUUUCUGCAUGCACUUUUUAGUUUUGUUCCUAAUAAAGGAUUACGGUUUUGAGAAGUAUUAAAAAUAAUUUACGUGCACUGUCGAUUCUGAUUUUGUUUUUGCUGAAUUUUUUGUACAAAUGCAAAGUAAGUGAUGCAGUUCGCUGCAUUGGUGAUUUUUCAAAAGCAGCGUGGGAAGUAGCGUAUUCAUACAACAGCUGGCGUUCAGAGGGUAAAUGAUGGCUAAUAAAUCCGGCUAUUUCUUUCUCGAUUUCUGUGUACAAAGUUUGCCUCCCUUUAUAAUCUUACCUCAGUUGUACUGAAAAUGACUAGAGGAAAAAUAAAACUUGCCUGAAAAAUGCUUUAAAUUCCACUAGCUAUUUUUAAAACAGUUAAGUCUCAUAAUCUAAGAAAUCUUUAUUUCUCCUCUUACUGUUUUAUGAUCUUCAUAACCGCUGUUUUUUGUUUGACAUUAAAACAUGUGACUUCUGUAGCAGUUACCUUGUGCUAGAUGUGACUUCAAUCCUGCUUAUUUUACUAGAUAACAGUGAAAUGCUUAGAAAUGCUUUUUUCUUAAUGGCCACUAGCAUGAUGUUAUGUUUGUUAUUAACCCAUAUACAUUUUAUGAUUGAACUAAAAAAUGUCAUUUUAUGCCUGCCUGCUCAAUACGGCACAUUUUUAGGAUUUCUAUGUGUAUCAGGUGCAUCACUGGGUAUCCGACAUCAGUUCUAAAGGUUUUGCCCUUAUGGAAACAAACAAAGCAACAUAGGCAUCAUUUAGGUUGUUUGUGUCUUUGUAAAUAAGGAAGAAAUCCUUUCUUCAUCAGUCAAUGCAAUUGUGAUGAUUAUUAAACAAAAAAUGGUUGCCUUACCACCAUUAAUACCAUUUUCUGUGAUUAUUUUCUGUGUGUUUAUGUAGGUUUUUAUUCAAUUUAAAAAUAGUUAUGAAUUUAGCUCACUUGACUUUAAAGCCAUUCCUUAAACAAAUACAAUUUCAUUGAUGUUUUCCCAUAUAUGUCAUUUAAAAAAUGAGGCAAAUACAUAAGAGGGCAAAGCUUUCAGAACUCAAGAUCUGUUUCAGUCUUAGGGCAGCAUUUUAUCAUGGCUUAUGCCACGGUUUGGUUUGUGUAUUUGCUAUGUAGCAGAUAAAUUGCUUUCUUGAGCCUCAAUACCAUGACAGCCACGGAUGGUUUUAGUUUAUGUGGGUACUACAGUUCAGGGAACCAUUUUGUUUUGUUUUCCCUAUACAUAAAAACAAAGGUUGUGAUGGGUUGUAAUGGUUGCAUACUGCAGCAUUGUGGAUUCAACGUCCAGUUUGCUACAUGGGAAAAUGAACUCCAAUGAAUAUUGUGGUGCACUUAACAUUUUAUACUAAACCUUAAGAAUAAAACAAAAUUUAGAAUAAAAGCUAUUUUGAAUUUUGA